AUGCAGGGGGAUGAGUCUCGAGUUAUUUCAACCGGUGCAGGUUCGGACGAUGGUGUUCGGCGGUUUCGCAGCCCUGGAACGUUUGAUCCUGACAAGGAAGAUUGGAACCUCUAUGAGAUCAGGUUUCUAGCGGCUAUACGUGUGGCAAGAGUCACGGACGAUGCGGACAAGAGUGGACUUCUAAUUUCGUCGCUGAGUCCGGCAGUCUUCAAGCGGCUCUAUAACCUGCUGCAACCGAGGAACAUCAUGGAGGUACCUUUCAAGGACCUUACUGCAACGUUAUCUGACCAUUUCACUCCGAAACGGUUCAAGGAGUUUGAGAGAUACAAGCUUUUCUCAAAUCGUCAAGAGGACGGUGAGUCAGUGAAGGAUUUCGUUGAGCGGUUGUCGGCAAUCAUUUCCCGCUGUGAAUAUGAAGGAGAGUCUGACGUCCGAGCAUGUUCCCUGAUGACAGCGUUCAUCGUAGGCCUCCGGGAUCAGCGCAUCCGCGCGCGACUUGUUCUGGAAAAGACCUUGACAAUGGACACAGCGAUCCGGCUCGCUGAAAGUUUUCUGGCCGCGGAGGCAGAGUCGAAGCAGUUGCAUGCAGGAACCCUCUGUGCACAAGGUGACAGUCAAGCCGGAGAGCAAGGAACGAUGUUUCCGGGAACGCGGAAGAAAGGUAAACAUUUUCGGAAGGUGAAGCUUGUGACCGACGUGUUUCUUGCGGACGGCCAAGACGGGAAGUUCAUUGCUUGUAGUAUCAAAGACAAGGACGUCAUCCUGCAGGUCGAUACGGGAUCGCGGGCAACACUUCUGGAUGAAAGGACGUUCAAGAGGUUGGGUGAGCCAGAGCUAUACCAAUCUCCGUACCGUCUUCGUGCUUUCAACAAGGACGAGAUACCACUUCGUGGAGCAGCAGAUCUCGAUGUUUCCAUAGGUGGAAGGGGAUUGAUACGUGAGCUUGGCAUCGACCUCAACACAUUAUUCGUGGGCAAGAUAUUGACAGCUCCGAAGUUGGAAGGCGUCUUAGGAACGUACCCGGAUCUUUUUCGAAGCCAACUAGGAAGGUGCACCAAGGCUUUAGUCCACCUUCAUCUCAAGAAAGACGCUGAGCCGAAAUUCUUCAAGCCCCGGCCGAUCCUUUUGCGUCUCGGGAAGCGGUUGAAGCUGACCUGCAACGUGGUGCCCAAGCCAAAUGGAGCCGUACGAGUCUGCGGAGACUUCAGCGUCACUGUGAAUCCGCAGAUCGAAAUCGCACAGUUCCCGUUACCUAGACCUGAAGAACUUCUGGCGACAUUAAAUGGCGGUGAAAAGUUCACGAAAUUAGACUUGUCCGAAGCAUACCUACAGAUGGAGCUGGACGAAGAAGCUAAGAAAAUCUUGGUGAUCAAUACUCACAAGGGCCUUUUUCAAUUCAAUCGAAUGCCCUUCGGCAUCGCAUCUGCCCCAGCCGUUUUCCAGCGUACUAUGGAACAGGUGAUCGCAGGGAUUCCUUCUGUACCCUGUUAUCUCGAUGACAUCAUCGUGACUGGCCGAAACGACAAAGAGCAUCUGGAAACCUUAGUGCAAGUUUUGUCACGUCUCCGCGAGUUCGGCUUCACUCUCAAGAGGGAGAAAUGUGCCUUCCUGAAGCGGCAGGUUGAGUAUUUGGGACACGUGGUUACUGCGGAAGGUUUCUGA